AAUUUUCCUCGACAGUCGUUAAUAGCCUACCGUGCGAUUCGGAAAAGCGGACUGUUCUCAUACAAAUUAUUUUUACUUGAACACUUCGCGUUAGUAGGCACGGCAUUUUCAUUUAGGCGACAAGUACACGGCGUGAUUCCUAGUUUAUCCGCGAUAAUUCACAAAAGCUCAAUAGCAAGUAAAGAAUCUGUGAUAUAGUAGCAAAUUACAAAAAGAUAUUUUAAUAUCCGCAUCGAGCGAAUUGUGUGAAUAGUUUUGCUUGUUUACAAACAGCACGUGUAAUUAUUGGAGCGUGAAGCAGUCGAACAACACAACCUCUUCAGAAAACAUGUCUUGGAGAUAUGCGAUGAUGCACCCUACCAGAGAGGUCGUUUCUGACAAAACAACUGGUCGACAUUUACAACGAAUCCUACACUAUUCCGUACCAUCAUGUCGACCACUAGCAACCUUCAGACGUACAGAUUGUGCCAUACAUGAUGUCGACUGUGACGAAGUAUACCCAGGGAUUUUUAUAGGAGACGCAGCCGCGGCGAAAAAUAAAGUUUAUCUCAGGCUGAUGGGCAUCACACAUGUUCUCAACACAGCGGAAGGAUCCAGAUACGGGCAAGUGGAUACAGGGCAUUCAUAUUACAGAGAUGUGCCAACUAUGAGGUAUAUGGGUUUCCCAAUGAUGGAUCAACCAACAACUGACAUCUCACGAUACUUUUAUAUAGCAGCGAAAUUCAUUGAAAAUGCUGUUAAUAGUGGAGGUAAAGUCCUUGUUCACUGUCUUGUUGGCAUGUCACGAUCAGCAACAUGCGUUUUGGCCUACUUAAUGAUUUGCAGAAAAAUGACAGCCGUUGAAGCCAUUCGAACUGUACGAAUGCGAAGGGAUGUCCGACCCAACGAUGGUUUUCUACAACAGUUGGCCGAUUUAGACAACGAAUUACGGCGAGAUCGAAGCUACUCAUACUAAGUUUUUUAUAAUAUUUUAAUAUUUUCCACAUUUUAUUUAAACUAAAUUGAAACACCAACCAAAUGAUAACAACACGUUUCUUUAAGCCAGUCAAGCUCCUUCCAGAGCUUGUGCUAUCAAUCAUUAACAUUAUUUUUAAUGUUCUCGUAUUGUAAUUUAUUUAUCAUCAGAAAAUAUCACAAAACAAAUGCAGGUUUUACUCCUGCACAACAAAUAUUUAUCUUUCUGUUUUUAUAAAAAUUUAAACAAAAUCUGUUACUUCAAGUUCAAUACUUAUUUAUGAAAUUUUUUAUAUGAAAUCAUUGAAAUGGAUGUGUACCAUGAAUAUCUUUUUGCUAAAUGCUGUUUUUUAUGUUUGAUAAAUGGAAUCUGAUGGUUUAGAUUUUUUUCUAAAACUAAAAUUAAAAUUUCUUAAAGCAAUUUGUAAAGACAACUAAAUGAUGCAUGUAAUUAAUUGAAAAUGUUACACGUUUUAGUCACGAAAACACAAACAAUUGAUUAAAAACAAUAAAAGUUGAAUUAAACCAUC